AUGAGUUCAUCUAGCAAUAUCACUAUUGAAGAAUUUUAUACAUUAACAGAAAUAUUAACAUUAACGGGUGGAAUUUUAAUAUUUCUCAAUGGAAGAAAUAUAGCAACAUUUAUAGUUCUACUUAAAUUAUUAGAUUUUGCUUCGGACUUUGCAUUUUUAAUGAGUACUAUAAAUGCUGAUUCAGACUUAUUUUUUCCAAGUUUAUUGAAAAAUCUACAUUUCAAUACUUUAUUCAGUUUCAUGACACUAGCCGUACCAGCAGUAUUUAAUCUUUUGUUUGUACUUGGAGUAAUGAUGCAACAAACUCAACAAACCAAUAAAAGGGAAUUUAGGUAUUGGUUAAGGAAGAACAUUAUUAUGACAACUAUAAUCACAAUAUUAUCGAUGUCAGAUAUUGUAAUGUUGAAAUUACUUGUAGAUAUCAAAAUAUUUGAUCCGAAAGUAAGAAAAUGGCUGCUCGGAGCUGGAUUAUUUAAUAUCAUUAAAGAUAUGCCUCAAUUUGUAAUUUUUGUAAAUACAUUACGUCAAGAAUGUCGGAAUAAAUUCGCUAUUAUUAUUGACACUAUUUACUAG